CUCAGGUGUUGAACGUUUCUCGAGCGCCGGUGACAAAUCUGAGAGGAGGACCAACGUUCCUGGAACACAUGCAGCCUCCCACCAUCUUCCGCGUUCGACGAACCCUCCAUGGCAGCUUAGACCACGCAUACUUACUCCAAAUCCGCUCACACUUUUCAGGACGGAAUGGAUUGAUGGACCGGCGAGUGGGUAGAAGGAAGGGAAGAGUGAGAAGCAUCAAGCCCCAAGCUUGUCCCGGGCCAAUCCAGCCAUCGGAGACUCACACGGUACGGCAAGUGUCAAGCAACAGAGAAUCCAGGCCGAUGUGUUUCUCCAACCCGAGCCAGCCCGCCCAGCUACGCAAGCAUCCAGCUACCCUAGCACACGCAUGGCGUUCUCCAAAUCAACCCCCAAGUCAACGACCGGCGCAGCAAUUCGCAUCAACGCCAUCCAACUGUGAGGGACCAGAGAGCUCCUACGACAUUCCUCCCGUCAAAAGGUAUUAGCCGGCCACCUCCCCCGAAUAUGAGCACCUGACACCUAGUACUAGCCCCGGCAGCGUGCCACCCCUGUCUACCCCGGAUUCUUUCCAGUUGUAUCUUGCUGUUCUUGGACCACCCAGGCCUUACAAGCAUCUUCG